ACCAAAACACGCACGAUAUUACACGAACAGUUCGAAAGGAAGAUGAAUGAUUCUUGUGGCCAUUUUCCUUCGCAUAUUCGGUAUUUACGAGCGUUAAAUGGAGUACGUAGGCUAUAGAGUUGUCAGAGGACCCGACUGGAGAUGGGGAAAACAAGAUGGAGGCGAAGGUCAUGUUGGAACGGUGCGAAACUUUGAAAGCAACCAAGAAGUUGUGGUUGUUUGGGACAACGGGACGGCCGCGAACUAUCGAUGUUCAGGCAUUUAUGAUUUGAGAAUUCUGGACAGUAGUCCAACUGGUAUAAAGCACGAUGGUACUAUGUGUGAUGGUUGCCGCAUGCAGCCUAUUUAUGGAAUGAGGUGGAAAUGUGCAGACUGUCAAAGCUAUGACUUGUGUAGUGUGUGUUACCAUGGAGACAAACAUCACUUGCGACAUCAGUUCUACCGAGUUUGUGGACCUGAUUCAGAGAGAGUACUUUGUGAGGCAAGAAGAAAAAGCAAAAAAAUUACGGCCAGAGGGAUAUUUCCCGGUGCAAGAGUUGUUCGUGGAGUUGACUGGCAAUGGGAAGAUCAAGAUGGUGGCCCUGGUCGACGUGGAAAAGUAACAGAAGUUCAAGAUUGGAGCACAUCAAGCCCUCGCAGUGCUGCAUACAUCUUGUGGGACAAUGGAGCAAAGAAUUUGUACAGACUUGGAUUUGAAGGCAUGGCUGACCUCAAAGUAAUAAGUGAUGCCAAAGGAGGAACAUUUUACAGGGAUCACCUGCCAUUGUUAGGUGAUACGAGACCAGCAAGUCGUACAACAGGUCAGGGAUUACAGAUUGGAGAUCAAGUCACUGUUGACUUGGAUCUUGAGAUUGUGCAGUCAUUGCAGCACGGGCAUGGAGGUUGGACUGAUGGAAUGUAUGAGACUCUUACAACUCCAGGAACAGUUGUUGGAAUUGAUGAAGAUCAUGAUAUUAUGGUACUAUAUCCCACAGGCAACAGGUGGACGUUUAACCCAGCAAUUUUGACCAAAGUAAUCAGUACCUCGGAGACUUUGGAGAGUGCUAUAUCCCUCUCCACAGCUACACCUUCAUCCCCCACUGCCUCUGGACCAAGUGCAGCUUCAGCUUCUGGUGCUGUGGCAGCAGUGCCAGGGUUGUCCUCUCAGUUUGUUGUUGGUGACUUGGUGCAGAUAAGCAGUGAUGUUGAAAAGGUCAAGAUGUUACAGAGAGGACAUGGGGAGUGGGCAGAGGCAAUGCUACCUACUCUUGGCAAGGUUGGCAGAGUGCAACAGAUCUACCAUGACAAUGACCUGAAGGUAGAGAUUUGUGGAACAUCAUGGACAUACAAUCCAAUCCUUGUCACAAAAGUAGCAUCCACGACUGACUCACCCUCCCUAGGGGCAUCAGCUGGAGCUGAGAGGUUAUCAGCCCUUUUGAAGAAGCUGUUUGAGACGCAUGUUCCAGGGGAUACAGUAGAGGAACUGGUUAAGGCUGCCGCCAAUGGUGACUCUCAAAGAGUUGAAGAGCUUCUGCUCAAGGAAGGUGCCAAUGUUAAUGGCGUAUUUGCUGGGCACACGGCACUACAAGCUGCCAGUCAGAAUGGUCACGAGGAUACAGUCAGAGUUCUCAUAAGAUUUGAUGUGAACCUGGAGGCCGAGGACAAAGACGGUGACCGUGCUAUCCACCACGCGGCGUUUGGAGAUGAGUCGGCAGUCGUGGAGCAGCUGGUCCGUGCCGGAAGUGACAUGAACGCGCGGAAUAAACGCCGACAGUCACCCUUGCAUGUGGCUGUCAAUAAAGGACACACAGGGGUGGUGAAGAGUCUUCUUGCUCUAGAAUGUCACCCCAGCUUACAGGAUACCGAAGGAGACACUCCGUUACACGAUGCUAUCUCUAAAAAGCGUGACGAUAUGGUCACGAUGCUACUAGAAGCUAACGCUGACGUAACAGUGGCUAAUAAUAAUGGCUUCAAUGCUCUGCACCAUGCUGCUCUGCGUGGAAACCCAAGCGCAAUGCGCAUCCUCCUUACCAAGCUCCCUCGUUCAUGGAUUGUGAAUGAGAAGAAGGAUGAUGGGUACACGGCUCUUCAUCUGGCCGCACUCAACAAUCACGUGGAGGUGGCCGAGCUGCUCGUCAAACAGGCAAAAGCAAACAAAGAUAUUCAGAAUACGAACCUUCAAACACCGCUCCACUUGGCUGUGGAAAGGCAGCAUACACAGAUUGUCAGACUUCUUGUACGUGAAAAUGCCAAGUUAGAUGUCCAAGAUAAGGACGGCGACACACCCCUUCACGAGUCCCUCAGGCACCACACUCUGUCACAACUUCGACAGCUACAGGAUAUGCAAGAUGUCGGCAAGCUUCUUAUGGGUUUGGGAACACAAGGUGCCGACAAAAAGAGCAGUGCAUCCAUCGCCCUCUUCCUGGCUGCUAAUGGCGCCGAUCUGAAUGUAAAGAACAGAAAAGGACAAACACCUCUGGAUCUCUGUCCUGACCCUCAUCUCUGCAAAGCUUUGGCUAAAUGUCAUAAAGAACGGGCCAGUGAUAAUCAAAAGAACAAUUCAAACGCUACAAUUCUGGUAGAUGUGGAUGAGAAUGAAGGACUGGACGAGUGUAUGGUGUGCUCAGACAUGAAACGCGACAUGCUGUUUGGGCCGUGUGGACACGUGGCUACUUGUUCGCUGUGUUCUCCCCGUGUGAAGAAGUGCCUCAUGUGUAAGGAGACUGUGCAGUCUAGAACUAAGAUCGAAGAGUGUCUAGUCUGUUCGGAGAAGGUCGCAAGAGCGCUGUUCAAACCCUGUGGGCACAUGGUUGCCUGUGAAAAUUGCGCUGUAUUGAUGAAGAAAUGUGUGCAGUGUCGAAACCACAUCGACGAGUCUAUACCAUUCAUUGUGUGCUGUGGUGGAAAAGCCGCGCCCACGACACAAACAAAAUCAAGCGGUAAACCUGAGAUUAGUCAACAGGAAUUUACUCAAUUGCAGCAACAACUUCAAGACAUGAAAGAACAGACGCUGUGUCCUGUUUGCAUGGAUCGAAAGAAAAACCUGAUAUUCUUAUGUGGUCACGGCGCAUGUCAACUGUGUGGAGACCGAAUGCAAGAAUGUCCAAUGUGUCGAAAGACCGUGGAAAGAAGAAUUCUUCUAUUUUGACAACAAAAACUUUUACAUAAGUUCUUAACGGAUUUUUUUUGGAAAAGUGAGUCUGACAAUUUUCUGCGAGAAGAGUACAGUCCAGGGUAUAGAUGUGUUUGGACUUCAGCAAGUUAGAAGCACAAUGUUUAUGCCAUGGAAAUUUAAGAGGCUAAACUGGAAGCCACAAGUAGGAAUUUGCUCUUUCGCCUCAUUCUUUGAUUAGUCUCGCUGAAGCCAUAGGAAUCUGAAUAUGUACUGACAAUUUAAUUCAUAAAAAUUUUGGUAGCUAUUUGCAGCGUAAUUAGAUACUCGAUCAGUUUGCUGAAAUGGCUGUUAAACGUGCUCGGUGGACUACAGAGAAGCUAUCGAGGAAUAGCAAUCGUAGCUGACACAAGUGCGUAAAAAGGACCUCAAACUUAUUAAAAGUAUACAACCAAUCAA